AUGAUUUUAACAUCUGAAGAAAAAUCACCUAAUCUUUGGGCAAAAGUUAUUUAUGCUGCUAAAGAUGAUGAAUUAUCAUUAAAUGAAGGAGAAUUAAUUAGAGAUAUUAUUGAAGUUAUUGGUAGAUGGAGGAAAGGUACUAGUAAAGAUAGAACACGUACUGGACUAUUCCCAGUAAUAGGAAACGAAGUAAGAUCUAGGAGUGAUGAACGUAGUAGUGAUGUUGGAAUAUAUGAGAAACAAAUUUUGCGUAAAUGA